AUGCGUUCGGCGCACCUUUCAGCGCUGGGAGACACCACCCGCCGCAGCGGUGCUACCCCGGGCCCCCCAACUUCAUUGUUGGACCCCGGUGGUCGUUCCGUUGCGGUGCCCGAAGCCCGGGGGCUUAUGUCCCCGGCACUGCUGGAGUCUGUGGAUCAAUGGUCGCUGACCAUACCUGAAACUCAGAUUCCUGGAGGGAGCCGCCCCGCGGAAUCCGCCGUUCGUCGGCGUUGUCCACGGGGUCUGGACCCUUCACCCGAGGGCCGUAUGCCGCAGCCAGCCAGCGCCCGCAAGGGCGUCUAG